CACUAACAGAACUACUGUAGCUGGUUGUUGCCUGAGUGAGAAUAUUGUACCCUUCUUAUUCGAAUCGGAACGUCAUUUCGAAUUGAAAUAAUUCAUUGUAGCCUACUCACAAACAUGAAAGCCAUCAGUCCAAUGAGGUCUGUCAGAAGCUGCUACGAAGCUGUUUGCUGCAUUUCGGAUCAGAGUCUCUCCAUCACCCGGAAUAAGCCAUCUAUGGAGGAACCCGUGGGCGCGCUGUGCGAUAUGAAUGACUGCUACUCGAAACUCAAGGAGCUGGUGCCGAGUAUCCCACAGAACAAGUCAGUCAGCCAAGUGGAAAUUCUGCAGCACGUUAUCGACUACAUCUUCGACCUGCAAAUCGCGCUAGAAGACGAGUCUUCCGCGGCAACCACGCCUGACUUGGUGCUGUCACUAAAGACUGCAGACCUUGCACGCAAUUUCUCCCAAGAAGAUGGACGAUUGUGCCAUUAAACAGGAGAAGUGUGACUUCCAGAAAUGGUGCAGAGAAACACAUGUCUCCACUUCACUCUGGGUUCGAGGAUAAGAGGGGCAGAAAGAAGGGGUAGUAUUUGGAGUGUGGGGGGG